AUGUCGGUUGAUGAGUGGGGGAUGAUUACUCUAAGAGAAAAAGUAGAGGAGUUAGGGUAUGAUCCUCUACAAACAAAAUUGCUUAGCAAUGGUAUUGGUGGUUUGUUUGAGUUACAUUCAGAUAGUGAAAUAUGGCCUUUAGUUAACUCUCUUUGUGUUGGUAAGCCUAGAGAGUUGGAGAUAUGUGUAGUAAAGUCAGAGUUCACAGAAGCAUCUAACAUAGGAAGUGAUAUUGAAGAACAUGAUGUGGAGUCUAACACUGAUGGAAGUGAUGAGGAUUAUGAGGAUGAAGUGCUAGAAGAAUUUUAUGACUCUGAUUAUGAUUUCGUUGAAGGGAAGAAAGAUGAUAGAGAGUUUGAUAAAUAUGUUGAUGUAACAGUGGAAUAUGGUGGUGUACAAACAAGUCCAGUGGCUGAACAUGGAGUAGAGGGUGCUAAUGAAGUUAAUGAUGGAGUAGAGGGUGCUAUAGUAGUUGCUGAUGGAUUAGAUUUAUCUGAUGAAAAUGUAGUCAGUGAUGGUGAUAAUGAUGAACACAAGUGGCCUAUUUUUAGAGCAAAAACUGACAUGGAAAACCCCAUCUUUUGCAUAGGAUUAACCUUUGCUAGUAGAGAAGAAUUUAAAGAAGCUAUACAGAAUUAUGGGAUUAAGAAUGGGAAACAUCUGAAAUUUGAAAAGAUUGACAAAUUGAGAGUGACAGUGAGCUGCAAACAAGAAGGCUGCCCUUGGAGAAUCAACUGCAGAAAGUUAAAGAACACAUUCACAUGGAGAGUUUUAAGUUAUAAUGAGAAGCAUGAAGGUUGUGGGUGGGUAUACGAGAACAAUAUGAUCACUGCAACCAAGGCUGCUAAAAGAUGGAAAAAUGAAAUUAGGCACAAUAGUGAUUGGAACAUUGUGGAGUUUCAAAAUAAGGUUAAAGCUGAUGACAAAUUCAGUCUAACAAUUAGACAAUGUUAUAAAGCAAUGACACUAGCAAGGGGUGACAUAAAGGGUGAACAAGAGGAACAAUUUAAAAAGUUGUGGAGCUACUAUCAUGAAAUUCAAAAAACUAACCCUAUGUCAAAUUGCAUUGUAAAACCAAGUGAAUACGAGGAACCUGGAGGCAAAAAAAGAUUUUUGAGGUUUUACAUGUGUUGGGAGGCAUGUAUGGAAGGUCAUAAAUAUUGUAGGCCUAUUAUAGGAUUUGAUGGGUGUCACUUAAAGGCAAAAACUGGGGGCCAAAUACUGACAGCUGUUGGGAUAGAUCCAAAUGACAGCAUUUUUCCUUUGGCUUAUGCAAUUGUUGAAGGGGAAAACAAAGAAUCUUGGACUUGGUUUUUGAAACUACUUAAGAAAGACUUGGACUUGGUGAAUCACAGUAACUUGACUUUAAUUUCAGACAAACAAAAAGGGUUAAUCCCUGCAUUUGAAGAAGUGUUUCCAGAAGCUAUUCACAGAUUUUGUGUGAGGCACUUAUAUGGUAAUCUCAGGGUAGCAGGGUUCCAUGGCAAAGCAAUUAAAGAUGCUCUCUGGACAGCAGCUAGAGCAACAACUGUGAACAGCUUCACUAGAGCAAUGAGGAAUAUUCAUCAAUUAGAUGUAGAUGCAUUUCAAUGGUUAUCUGACAAGCAUCCAAGUGAAUGGUCAAGGUCUCAUUUUACUACUUCUGCACAAUGUGAUGUUUUGGUUAACAAUAUAUGUGAGUGCUUUAAUGCAAUGAUUUUGAAUGCAAGGAAGCUGCCACUUAUACCAUGCCUUGAGGCUUUGAGAAAUCACUUAAUGCCUAGGUUCUUCAACAAUAGAAAGAAAGCUGCUAAUGAAUGGAAGUCUACAAUAUGUCCUAGAAUUAUGGAGAAAAUUGCAGUUAAUGAAGAGGCAGCUGCAAGUUAUUUAUGUACUCAAUGUGAUGAGGAUUUGUUUGAAGUUAGAGGGAUGUGGGAGGAUGGUCAACAAGUUGAUUUGAGAAAAAGGUCAUGUAGUUGCAGAAGAUGGGAACUAACAGGAAUUCCUUGCAAGCAUGCAAUUAGGGCAAUUUGGUUGAAGAAAUUACAAGUCAUCAACUUUGUUAGCCCAAUGUAUUCUACAGAAUGUUAUUUGAAAGCUUAUGCAGGUUCUAUUAACCCUAUGGCUGGGCCAGAUGAGUGGCCAAUUACAGAUAGAGAACCACUACUACCCCCAUUGUACACAUCAUGUAAGGCAGGUAGACCAAGAAAGUUAAGGAAAAAAAGUGCAGGAGAAGUAAGCAAAACACCAAGAAAUUUGACAACAGUGCAAAGGAGUAAAAUAAAACUGCAUUGUACCAAAUGUAAGCAGCCAGGCCAUAAUGCAAGGAGGUGUCCAACAGAUCCUGCCAUCAAAGAAAGAUUGCUCAAUCCAAAGAAGAGGAUUAGAACAAAGAAAAUUCCUCAACCAGUGAGAGAAGCAACCAAUGAACUAGUGGUAGAAGCAGUUAGAGAAGAAGUGAAUGAACCAGUGAGAGCAGUUGUGUUUGAACCAGUGGUAGAAGCUGCCAAUGAGCCAGUGAUAGAAGCCAGCCAAUGA